AUGUUCGUUUGUUAUUUAUUGUUCAUUGGUUUAUACGUGCAGGUGCUCGGACAUCCGGCAGAGAUCAAUGAAAUUGAAGAAGAAGUUGAGUUCGAUGUGGAUGCAUUUCCAAACAGAGUAGUACGCAAUAGAACCCAGGAAGAAAUAGACAAAGAAAUCCGAAAAGACUAUUGGAUAAAUCACGCUACGAUGACUAUACAGGAAAAGUUGUCCAGAAAACUCAAUCGAAUAGCUUUUUGGAGUGGAAUAACUUAUUCUUAUGAACCAAAGGACCAGGUCUGUGCGGAUGCUAUAGUGAUGAAAAUAUUACCUUCCAAGAAAUCGAAUUUGAAAGUUUACAUAUCGCUCUUUGCCGCAUUCGCCAUCAGCGCCCACGCUGGCGGUUGGGGAGGCAUCGGGGAGUUGGGAGCCGUUGGUGUGGGAGUAGGUGGAUUGGGCAACAUCGGUGGAUUGGGAUUGGGCCGUGUCAAUGGACUUGGUCUUGGUGGAUGGGGUGGUGCAGGUGGAUGGGGUGGUGUAGGUGGAUGGGGAGGCAAAGCUAUCGCUGUAGCAGUGAAACCAUGGCCUGCUGGUGAUAUCGGUCCGUCAGGAGUUGUUACUGGAGCCGGAGCUGCUGGACCUUCUGGAGUCGUGAAUGGUGCCGGAGCUAGAGGACCAUCAGGAAUUGUAACUGGACUUGGUGCUGUUGGACCAACUGGCCACAACGGAAGAGGUGUCGCUGUUGCUGUUGCUCCAGCUGUAGUGGCUGCACCAGUUGUUGCUGGUGUUGGCAUUGGGAAUCUUGGAAUCGCCGGAGCUGGGCUUGGUGGAGUUGGACUCGGUAGAGUUGGGCUUGGCGGAGUUGGACUUGGCGGAGUUGGACUUGGCGGAAUCGCAGUUGGAGUUUCUGGUGACGGGAGAUGGGAUGACGGAAGAUGGGAUGAUGGAAGGUGGGAUGAGGGAAGGUGGGACGACGGCAGGUGGGACGACGGUAAAUGGAACGAUGGAAGAUGGGGAGGAGAAGGAAAAUGGUGAAGAUCUAUAGGAGCCAUACCACUUUGUGAAUAUUACAUAUAUAUUUAUUCGUUUUUGCCUGAAUUUCAAUAAAAAUAGUUAUUUAUUAUACAAGGGAAAAAAGUAGUAGAUUUUAGCUCCAGGUUGUGUUGUCUCCCGACGCGUAGCGGGAGGGAGACAAAAAACCGUGAGCUAAAAUCUAAUAUUUUUCCCGUGUAUAAUACACUAUUUUUUUCUGUGACAGAAGGAAGGACGAAUCAAUAUUGAGAAGAUAUUACAUUAUUUCGAAAUCUGAAAAUUAUCGACGUGAAAUUUCAAGUUUUUAACAGUAGGGACACCUGCGUUUUAUAGACAUCUUUAUCAUUCUUUUGAAGUAAUCAAAUAUCUGAUGUCACUUCUGUCAGUUCAAUUCUGUGAUUUGAUUUUAAAAAAUUGCGAAUUCAGUAGUUGUUUAGUAAUAUACGAAACCGCGAAGUCGAAUGGAAGAUAAAAGGACUUGCAGUUCUUUCUCGGAGACGGUAUUAUUGACUCAUUUUUCGGAACUAUAGCACAACAAAAGCCAUUAACAGAGUGUAUAUAUGUGAUAUAUAUCCGGGAAAGAAGUACUCACUUUUUUCCCACGGGAAAAAAGUAAUUUAUGAAAAGUGACAUUUUAUAACCUGCCAACAGAGAUGAA